AUGGAAUUUGACACUGAGUGGGACCUGUCUGAUAUUGAAAUUCAAGCUUCUUCUGCCGAUGCUCGAACUGAACCACAGAACUCUUACUCAACUCCUGUCGAGAUAUGUGCCAGCGAUCUCAAAAAUGAUAUCGACAUUCAAGGCAUAGAUUGGAGUCAGAUGAGUGUAACUCGCGAAGAAUAUCGCCGGAAGAGGACACGAGACUAUAGGGGAAACUAUACCAACUUGACUCCUCAUCCUCACAAAGAGAUUCGACAGACAUGUGCGGCUGUGAUACCCGGAUCAAUCUAUUACGCAUUCAGAUACGCCAAAGUGCCCCGACGGAUACCCAUCGUUCACUUCCAGCUACGGAAUCUCUUGUGGGCUGCAAACAAAAACGAGAUUUACUAUGCUGGUGAUUCUUCUGUCCUGUCGUGGUCUCCAAUAGCCAAACGCUCGUCAACAACACUCGACUUGCGACUAAAUCGAUUACAAGACGUACGCAUCAGCACCAUGUGUGCCAAACUAGGAAUAUUAAUGUUGGGAGGAUUUAAUGGUGAAUACGUCCUACAGCGACCUAGUGAUGGAAUAGUUUCUCCCACCAAAGAUAAGCAACGGUCGGCAUCCUCUUCCACGUCACCUUCAGCUUCAUCACGAUACGGAAGAGCUACAAGGUCUGGAUUUGUGACUACUAGUUAUAAUGGAAUCACGAAUCAUAUCGAUAUUGCUGAAGCGAGACAAGGGACCAUCAAUGCUAUAAUAAGUAGUAAUGAUGAGUUUGUGAGGAUUAUGAAUUUGGACGAGUUGAAGAUUACUUGUUCAUUCAAGUUUCCGUGGGCUGUGAAUUGCUCAACUCUGAGUCCGGAUAAGAGAAUGUUGUGUGUAGUGGGAGAUGAUCGAGAAACAUUGAUUGCGGAUGCUCAAUCUGGAGAAAUAUUGUCAACACUUCGAGGUCACGCAGAUUAUUCAUUUGCUUGUGCCUGGUCACCAUGUGGGAGAAUAGUUGCUACGGGCAAUCAAGGCGAAGCACUUGACCCCACAGACAAGACGUCUCGAUUGUACGAUGUUAGGAAUAUGAGCAGACCAUUCUGUCUAUUACGGCGCAAAUUAAGUGCCAUAAGAUCAAUACGUUUCUCUGAUGAUGGCAAAUUCAUGGCUAUGGCCGAAGCAGCUGACUUUGUCCACGUCCUUGAAAUGGCACGACUCCACGAAAUCCUCGAACAAGGAGAUCAUCUGGUCCCUCCAUCGUAUACACCGCCCGAAAUACCCCAAUAUGCCCACUCAUAUGCCCAACCUAUGGAUGUAGAUGAAGAGGAACAGGACGAGAUUGAAGAGAGCAGUGGCGGUGAUUCGGCAGCAAACCCAUCAUCGUCUCAGCCUAGAAUAGGUGGUCAUGACUUGCCUUGUCAGAUAAUUGAUUUCUUUGGCGAGAUAUCGGGGAUAUCGUUUACACCAGGUGAUGGAGAGCAAUUGUAUAUUGGGAAUGCUCACGAGUCGUAUGGAUGUAUUCUUGAAUAUGAACGUACACGACCUAGUAUAGGGAAUUUGGACUCCAUGCUCGUAUAA